AUGGCGUCAUUCGGAGUGGGGAUGUACCCGCAUCCGCCAAUGGCCCCUAUGGCCUAUCCGUGGAUGCCAUCUCUGCCUUAUUUUAUGAAGCCACUAGGGUCUCAAGUGCCAUUGGUGCCAAUUCCGAAGCUGAAGCCGCAACAACCUGUAUCUGCUCCACGGGCAAAGAAGUUUAAAAGCAAGAAAAGUGAGGGUAAAACUAAGAAGGUUGCAAGUGUUAGUUUUCUGGGUUUGUUGUUUUUUAUACUACUUUUUGGUGAGCUGGUUCCAAUGGUGAAUGUGAAGUAUGGAGCAAUGAGGGAAUCACUUUCUGGUGGAUCGUAUUAUGUUGGCGAUAGGAUGUAUGAUCAACAACAUGGUAGGGUGUUAAGCAUCAAGGGGCAUUUAAAUCAAAUUGACCAUAAGAAUGGAAUAGGAUUGACUAAUGAGAAACUUGGCAUACAUUGUAGGAGAGGUCAUGCUGGAGGAGUAGAGUCAAAUGUCGAGUAG